AUGCUGGAUCGCAUCGAUCAACAUUUACGUUUGGCCAGGGACAUGCCCUACAUACCAUUUGGUGGCCUACAUGUUGUUUUCAUUGGCGAUCUAUACCAGCUGCCACUUCCAGGAGGUCUCCCGAUCUUUGCUUCCAAGCUGUGGCCACUCUUCGAGCUGUGUGAACUCGAUGGCAAUCAGAGGGCAGCGAGAGAUCCAGCCUGGGCCGCCUUGUUGGCUCGUGUACGUGUGGGCCAAUGGACCCAAGAAGACAUCCAGACCUUGGAAAGCAUGGUCCUGAAGAAAUACGGGAACCGCAAGCCUGCAGCCGGCGCCGUCCACUUGGUCGCAACACGGAGAGCCGUGGCAGAUGGUAAAGAGUGCGUGGAAAGUGCCCACGCAGAAAUGCUCGAGUGCCCUGCCGUGGACAUCUCGGUCAACGCAUGCACCUUGCUGCCGCCAGAGAAGGCAUGGCCACUAUCAGAAGACACCGGUGGCCUGGAAGCUCUCUUGGGCCUGGCCGUGGACAUGCCCGUGAUGCUCCGCAAGAAUAUGGACGUACAAGAUGGCCUGGUGAACGGAGCUAGGGGCGUCGUGCAACACAUUGACGUCCACGAGAGCGGGGAGGUGCAGAAGAUCUGGGUCAAGUUUGAGAAGGAUGCGGGCAGCAGGUGGCAGCGUAACAAUCAAUGCGCCAGUGUGGCCAUUCAGCGGCGCACAGCUUCGUUUCAAGACAAGGACGGCGACAAGGCGGAAAGGCGUCAGUUCCCCUUGGUUUUAGCCAAGGCCGUCGCAAUCCACAAGAGUCAGGCUGCCACCUACCACGAAGGCGUGCAUGCCCGGCUGGAUGCGUCGGUCAAACAGGAAGGGCAGGCGUACGUGGCCUUGAGCAGGUCUCCCACCAAAGACCUCUGCACUUUGGAGCGCUUCGAUCCAAAGAGCCUGCGCUUCAACGCCAAUGCCGAAUGGGCCCCCUUGAAGUUGAAGGCCAAGCAAGCGCAGAGCACCGGCCCAAGGAAGCCAGCCUUGCAAGAGCUCUGGCAAGAAGUCAUCCGGCCGACUGAAGACGCCGCCUACUACCAGGGCAAAUUGGCCUGCGCCACGCCGCCGGAUUGGAAAGCAUAUGCCGAGGAGCAGCGGCUUAAGGACUUGGAGGUGGAAGAAGGCAAGGCAGGCUCGCUGACCUGCCCCAAGUGUGGCUUUGUAGCAACAGACACGACGAACUACAAGAAGCACGGCCGUGUAUGCCCAGCCAAGAACAAGAAGUCGCAGCGCCCCAAAGUGGCCGGGAAGGCGAAGGCCAAGCCAGCCAUGAAAGAUUCGAAGUCUGUUCCAAACAAGCAACCCGUCCACCAGCUUCAGCUUGCAAGCUUUGCUCCAUCAGGUGGCAACCCUCCUGACCGCCACCUCCAUUGCCUCCACCGGCACAUCCACCAGACGCCGAACAUGGAGCAGACAAUGUGGACGCAGAGUUGCCCUUCUUCCAGAAGCAACAAGAAGCACGCUGUGGUAUGCGUGCGCUCAACAAUGCGCUGGGGGCGGCAGUGUUUGGGCCCGCGGACAUGGAAGCCGCCGCGGCUAGCUACAUGCAAGAGCUCGAGGGCAUUGAUGAAGAUCGGGCAGAACACAUCGGGCCAAGCGGUUGGUAUUCUGUGCAAGUCCUCUACACAGCCUUGUUUGCAGCUGGCUACACCCUUGACUUCCACCACCCAGUGCACACCAUGGCCGAAGCACAGCUGUCCCCGGCCUUCGUCCAAAAUAUCGACAAUUGGCAUUGGGUGGCCUACCGCUGGGAUGCACAUGGUGAUUUGUACUUGCUGGAUUCGAUUGAGCGAGGGCCACGUCUGGUAACCAAGGAGGAGUUCGUUGAAUCCUGUGGGCAUCGUUUCACCUAUGCCGUACAGAUGGUGUCAGGCGGACUACCUCAGUGCAGUCAUUGCAUGUUAUAUACUACUACCGCUGGACUUCCCAGAAUGUUUUUUUGGAAGCUUAGGUAAGCUCUUUCAAAAGCGCCCGAAAGCACAACGGGAAGUGAACCGAGAAGCGACCCAAACCGGUGAGGCGUGGGCAAAGGGUGUCCUCGAGUCGGCCAAAGAGGUGCUGCAGGCGCUGUCCAGCGACGACGUGUUGGAUGCUCCAUCGCUGCGCGCUUCCAAGGC